GCAGGGCCAGGCGAGCCCCUGCGACGGCCUGCCCAAUGGGGCAGCUAGGAUGGAGCCAAGCCUUCGAGGGGGCGGCGCCGUUUGCUCCAGCUGGCACUUUCCCCGGGUCAUGUGAGCGGCAAGAGAGCUAGAGGCAGACCGAGCGCCAGCAGAGAAAGGAGCGCGACGUCGCUGGCAGCUGGGCUAUGGUGGAUCUAUAACCAAUAUUCAUAAUUUUCAGCUUGUUGGCAUAAUAGUUAUAUAUACAGCUAUCAAUACACCUUUUAUGAGGAGGCGGCAAACCAAUGGUCUCAGUAAAUCAUAGCAAACUGGUGUCUGCUUCAAGUCAGCUGACUGCUUCAGCUCCUAUUCAGCUAGCCAACACUUCAGAUGCUCUCAAGCAUGAGAUGCCACCACUGAAUUGGCUGCAGGAUUGCAGCGGGGAGCAGGCUUCUAACUCAUCGGCUACCUCCAACCUAAUCUGCACAUCAGAGACGUGUGUUUCACAGUCCAGGGUAAAGAAGGAUGGGGAGAAACCACAGACCACUAUCUACGAAACCUACCUCAAACUUCCUGAUUUUUGCCCAGAACUAUCCAGGGACUUUAGCCCUACACUGGAGGAGAUUGAAGAGUUCCUGAAUGAGAAAAUGGCAUUUCUCAAAGAUGAGCUGAAUGACAAGCAGCAGGUAGGAGGACAGCUGAAGAGAAAUUCUGAGAACAGCUUGGGCAGCCCUGGGGAACAGACUGUUCCGGUAGCUGCUCCAGAUGAAGGCCUUUCCAGCUCUGCUCAGGCAGGAGUGGUGGUUUCUGGUGGUACAGGCACCCCAGGGACUGCGGGGACUAUCCCUGUUGUCCUUCAGAUCCAGCCCAACCAAGCGAGUGAAGGCAACUCACCUACUCAGAGCCCUGUUGGUGGUAUUAGGGUGGCUCAGUUGGUCAUCAAAAUGCAAGGGCAGAGCCUGACCGUUCUUCCCCAGGUCAUCCAAAGUCCUAUGACAGGCACAGAACCAAAGUAUGUACGGAUAGCCCCUUUGCCUGUGACGCUGAGGCCUGGAGUUCUUGGAAGCGUGAAGAAUGUGGAGGUCAGGGCCCCCAAAGCCUCCUCUUCUGUCAUCCGAGUCCACAAGUGCACACAUCCCGGUUGCACAAAGAUGUACACUAAGAGUUCUCACCUCAAGGCACACUUCCGACGCCAUACUGGAGAAAAGCCUUACACCUGUACUUGGCCCAACUGUGGCUGGAGGUUUUCCCGCUCGGAUGAGCUCUCUCGCCACAAGCGCUCCCAUUCUGGACUCAAGCCUUACCAGUGCCAAGUGUGUGAGAAGAAAUUUGCCCGCAGUGACCACUUAUCCAAACACAUGAAGAUCCACAAAGGGUCAUUCAGUUUGGGAAUCCGGACAGCUCAAGGUUGUGGUCAUAGCUGACUCUGCUUUUGCUGCCUUGCCAAGAAAAUAAUUCCUGCCCAAGUGAGAUGACAAAUGCAAAUAUAAAAGAUGGCUUUGUUUGGAAGGGUGGGAAGGAAUUGACUUGUGUAAAGUCUAUUGGGAAGACCAAAGCCUACUUCUACCUGAACAUACCUUUCAAUCAGGGCCUGCCUCCAAACAGGUCUCUGAUACUUGUGAACUCUUGUAAAACUUGUAAUUAAGUUUGUGGGAAAUAUGUGACAAUAAAGGAUGUUGGGGUGGGCAGGGUGAGAUUCACUGUUUAGAUCUGAAUUUUAGAAUAUGGACUGUUUAGGCCAAGGAUGGAAGAACCUUUGGCCCUCUAGAUUGUGUUGGGCUACAGCUUCCAUUAUUUCUGACCAUUGGCCAUGCUCGGUGAGAUUGAUGGGAGGUGGGGUCCAACAACAUCUGGAAGGCCACAGGUUCUCCAUCUGUGGUUUAGGCAUUUCUAAUGCUUUUUCCUGUGGUGUACACGUAGAACAGUAUUUGAAUGGGAGGGUGUGGGUUCUUCUGCAUUUCUUUCUGAGUUAGCAUCCUGCUUGAUCACUCAGCCACUGAUUCUGAAACUAUAAGCAAUGCAAUGAAAUUACAGGUGAAAUAUUCACUAAAAUGCCAAAUCUCAAAGUUCAGAGCUUGAAUAUCAGUACAGUACCAGGAAGUCAUAUUUUCCCAAGUCUUUAUUUUCAGACUAUACCUCUAAAGCCAUAUUUUGUCACUCCAAAUUGGUUUCAUGGCAUUCAGUGUAAUUUGUGUGGUGCGUAAUGGUUUGUCUUUAGGAAAAUGAAUUGCAUUGUGGAUUACUGUGAGUUGUUAUUCUAUAGCCCCAAUUUAAAUGUUUAUUCUGUGAGCUGUACACAAGCGGCCUGAGAAUGGGACUUGGGGCCCAAGACCUAACCUGUACACAUGUUAAUCUGUGGUGGGAAAUGUAAACUGUUUUGCCUCUGAAAUAAGGCAAACAAGAGUGUCCUGAGUCUGCCCCAGACUGUAAAGCAGAAAUGGGGAGCCUCCAGUUUGCCAGACUACA